UUUUACAGGGUCUUAGUUGAAAAGUGUCAUCAUGGCGGCUGCAAGGCAAGCACGUUCCCACGAAAAUGUGGCUAAUACCAUCAAUUACGUGCAGUGCGAUGGAUUGGCGGUGAUGAAGAUGGUGAAACAUUGCCAUGAGGAGUCCAUGAGCAACAUGGAAGUGGCACAGGGUGCUCUUCUUGGUUUGGUGGUGGAUCAAGUGCUGGAAAUCACCAAUUGCUUUCCCUUCUCCAACAAUGAGGACAAUAUGGAUGAGGAUGACUAUCAGGUGACUAUGAUGCGUCGCCUCAGGCGAGUUAAUGUGGACUACUUCCAUGUGGGCUGGUACCAGAGUGCCGAUGUGGGAAACUUCCUGUCAUUGCCGAUGCUAGAGUCACAGUAUCACUACCAAACGAGUAUUGAGGAGUCUGUUGUGGUCAUCUAUGACACCCAGAAGUCCGCCAGAGGCUUCCUCACCCUCAAGGCAUACAGAUUGACCCCACAGGCCAUUCAGAUGUAUAAGGAAGAUAAUUUUACGCCUGAAGCCCUGAGAGCUCUGAAAAUCAGCUACGAGAAUCUCUUCACGGAAGUACCCAUUGUCAUUAGAAAUUCACCCCUCACGAAUAUCAUGAUGAUGGAAUUGACUGAGUUGGUUCCCGAAGAGGAUGGUACGCAUUUCUUGGACCUGGGAACUGCUUCGGUGCUGGAAAAUCAUUUACGCUGCUUGAUGGAUCGUGUCGAUGAACUCAAUCAGGAAGCCACCAAGUUCAACAAGCACUUGCAGCAGGUCAAUCGACAGGAUCAGGAGAGACAUCGGGUCCUCACGAAGCACGCCCAGGAGAAUGCUGCGAGGAUUGCCAAAGGGGAACCUCCACUGCCCGAAGAAGACAUCAACAAAAUGUUUAGGCCGAUCACUGUUCCAUCACGGCUGAAUCCCAUGAUUGUUUCCGGACAGAUUAACACCUAUGCCCAACACAUUUCCCAAUUCUGUUCACAAUCCCUGGCCAAGCUCUACAUGACGCAAGCCCUCCAGGGAGCCAAGGAGAGCAAGCAAAAUUAAAAUUGUAUGGAGAUUUUUUUUGAAUGAAGAAAAAAGUUCUACGUAA